AUGUACUCGUGGACGUGUCUACUCGUGCGUUUGUUUGUACCGCGGGUGAUGAAUUGCACCAAAUGCAAGCAGUUGGGACAUACGGCCUCCCACUGCGGCAAUAAAGAGAGAUGUGGCAAAUGCGGAGAGCAACAUGCGGAUGACGCCUGUGAUAAAGACGCUGAAAAGUGUCUCCAUUGUGGGCAGACUCCGCAUGAGCUGUCCGUAUGCCCCGCGUACAAACAACGCCAAGACAAAAUCAAGCGGUCUCUGAAAGAGCGCUCAAAACGCACUUUCGCGGAAAUGCUCAAGGAGGCCGCUGCCACUAAACUGAUUUCCCCAAACCCCUACGAGGUGCUGUCGUCUGAUGAGUCUGAUUCUGACAGUUCAGUUGGGGAAACUGCUUUUGCCGAACCUGGAAAGUCUAGAAAAAUAAAAAAACCUCUCUUCCCCCAAACUUCCCCGGAAAGGACAGAGGAGAUCCUCACCUGA